GAACUCUCAUAACUUCUACUACAAAGUUUUACUAGCGAAUGCCGCCAUCAACGCCCUGAGGCUGCACCAGAGAGUUGGGAGAGUCACAUUGAGCAGGGAAUUCAUUUCGGCGUUGUUAACGGAAGACAGCUGUCACUACUUGUUCUACUCGCUGAUAUUCUUAUAUGUGGCACCCCUUUCAUUGGUUUUGGUGCCAAUUUUAUUAUUCUGCAUGCUCCACGCUGCCAGUUAUUCUCUCACAUUGUUGGACACUCUCGGACAGAACUCAUGGUGGGGCGCAAGAUUGCUCAUUUCGCUCGUGGAAUUCCAGUCGCUGAACAUACUAAGGGCUGUCGCCUUCACGGAGAUUUGUUUGAUGCCAUUCACCGUUGUAUUGAUUUUGAUGGGCAGAGCUACCCUUCUAACACCUUUCAUCUACUACCACUUCUUAGUUCAGAGAUACAACUCGAGACGAAACCCCUACACCAGGAACAUGUUCCGCGAACUAAGAAUGCUCUCUGAAAGCACUGCUUCCAAACCGAAUAUGCCGUCUUUCAUUCGAACAAUUAUUUUGUCGAUUGUGAAAUUCACCUGCAAAUUGGCCCCUAUGCCUUUACAAACACCACCUCAACAGUGAAAAAUCUAAAAGUUACUGAUGGCUUUUUUUUCUAUUAAUCUUCGUCCUGUAUUAUCGAAAUUAUUAGCAUAACUUGUGUUGGUUCUAAGAAAGGAAGAGGUUAGGUUAAGUUAGAAUAACUUUUUGUAAUCUGUAAAAAUGAGAAAAUAUAUUUAAAAAAAAAACAGUAUCAAUGGAAACUCCUUAGAAUUUUUCAACAGAGAUCUGUCUGAUUGAAGGUAUUUGAUGUUACCAGCAUGUAACAUUCAAGUAACAAUAUUACCCAACUGUUACAUGCACGUAACGUUUACCUGCUGAAAUAGUUUUUACUAUCAAUUCCUAUUUCUUCAAUUGUUAUAUAUUUGUUAUAAUUUUGUAUCACUGAUGUGGCAUUGUUGUUACAAAUAUGUGAUAUUGAUGUUAAAUUUACAUAUUAUGCCAUAACACAUUGAAAAUAUCAAUACAGAAGAAAUUAUUCAUUUUAGUAGUUAUGUAAUUGUGACAAUGGUGUAAUAUAUGUAUGAUUAUUGGGGUUGAUACUCAUUUGUAAUUUUGUUGAAUAACCAUUUCUAAUAUGUUACAUCUUUCGUCAUCUCCCUUUAAGUUUUCUAGUAUAAAAAGUAAUUGAUUUGAGAUUUUUGUGGCAAACCAGUUUAUGUUUCUUGUGUAUUCAUGUAAUAGCAGCACAUCAACUUGAUUUGCGUAAUUUGCUGAACUCAAUUUGAGUUUAGCAAACUAGCCAAUUGAGUUUGAGAUAUAAAGUUUCAAUAAUUACGUAUUUGUGAUAUCGACAUUACAUAUUUGUGACAUCAUUGUUACUUACGUAUCAGUUAAAGAACAUAACAUGGUUUCUCUUUUUUGUUGGGCCAGUGACAUUCCUCGAAUUUUUCAGUUAUGGAGUAAUAGUUCUGCUGCAUAUACUUUCAGACACGGGUGUCUGCUUUCUCCCAGUUCCCUGACUGGUAAAAUUGAAUGUUUCACGUUCAAAUGCACAGUUUGGUGUCCUGUGAUACAUCAUCUGCAACUUUUGUAAAUGCACGGUUAGGUUUUAAUUUAUAUUUGAUUUUAUAAUGACUGGAUUAGGGUUUAUAAGUGAAUGUUUUGUUUACAUGAUCCUAUGCCCAAGUGAUGUGGUUCCAACUUCAAUGUUCUUGUCGCAUUUGUAUAGAAGGAGAUUUUUAUAGAACCACGAAUCUCGCCUUGAAAAUGGGUGUUGAAGAACUGUUGGUCUUUUUUUUACUAUUUGGAUCUUGGAAGUUGAAAUCACUUCAAUUGGGCGUAAAUAGAUUUUUUUUUGUUUUUGGCAUUGUUUCUAUUGUUGAAUUUGUAUUUUGGCAAUAAAAUGAAGCCACUUCUGGUUUUGGAA